UGUUCUCCACGCAUACGACGACUCCCUUUGAUCUUGGACAGCGAAUCUGAAGAAGCGAAAAAACACCAAAAUGUCUCCUAUAUCACAAACCCCCAAACUUGUAUUCCACCACCGGAUUGACUACGCUGUUCACACACUUUGCCGGACUUUUGCUACAGCUUCGAUCAAUUGUUUACCAAAGAAGAUGAGCCAAAAGGAAUACAACGCCGCAUAUUACCAGGCGAACAGAGAGAAACUCCACGAGCUAAACGCACGGUGGCGCGCCAACAACAAGGAAAAGCUAGCCAAGUAUCAAAUGCAAUGGUAUCGCAACCUAGAAAGCAGGGGUCCCGAAGUUGUGGAGCGCUGCUUGCGCCGAGCUCGUGAAAGGGUCGCAGCAAUACGUGCGGACCCCGUGAAACGGCAGAAAAUAGCAGAGGCAUAUAAAUUACGUUAUGCGACUGGCCCCUACAGACCAGGGAUCCUCAUGAGAAGCUGGGUGUUGAAUUGCAGCGAUCUAGACGCGUUCCGGUGGAAAACUCACACGCCAAUCAUUCACGCUCAGGCGGUUCGUCAGACUUGUGCAUCAUGCGGCAAGUCCAAUCGUCGAGGAUCACGACUUUGGUGGAGGCGACACCAGGAAACGAGCUCGGCAGAUCUUGAGCUCUAUGACUGUCAUAGCUGCUACACGAAAGAUAUAAAAGCUGCCAUGCCUAUGGGCUUCGAGGGCCAUGUUUGGGGCUUUGGUGCGACUCCCAAGCCAUGAGAGCGUUCUCACUAUCGAGAGCAGGACAGAAGGUCUUCAAUCCACCAUAGGCUGAUGGAUACAAUUUCGACACAUUCAGAAACAAGCAGUCAUCUGGAAGCAGGCGGAAAUUUGUAUGAACAAGUGGUUGCACGAAUCGACAGUUCUGGAUAGCCUAGUCUUGUGGUGAAACCAUGUCAGAUGGUGGUAGGAGCUGCAUCGAAGCAUAAAGCAAUUCAGGUUACGAAUGAGGAAGGGGUAAAGCAAGUAGUGCUC